AUGCAUUCGCUGAGCAAAGCCUCUUUCGCGAGAUUUACCACGCGUUGGCUUUUCGUUUGCUUUUUUUUGAUUCUUGUGCUGGUCUUAUCGGAAACAUCUUCUUAUAAUUAUCAUCGAGUGGAUACGGACAGUGAUGAAAUCAGUUUUAUGACAAAUCAGGUUUUGGGGGCUUCCUCCAAUCAUCAUUUGCGUGUGGAAGAUGAAAAUGAAAAAAUAAGAGAAGAAACUAAUCGAUACAUGCAACGAUUGUCAACGUUGUUGAAAGAAAAUAUUCACAAUCCAGUGCAUCAAUCCUCUAUUGAAUAUUAUAUUCGAAAUUGGUAUCGACAAUCAACAUCUCCAUUGGUGUUAUUUGCAACUGGAAGACCUGGAACAGGCAAAACAAAAACUUUUGAUUGUAUUCAACAAGCUUUCUUUGGUUGUUCUCAACAAUAUCAAGGACAACACAAAUGUUAUUUGAAAAUUAAUGGAAUGGAUUAUAGAAGCGAACAAAAUUUAACAGUCAUUGAGAAUGAACUUUCACAACAAAUUGUUGAUUUUAUCAACAAUCGUUACAAAUUAUGCAACUUGGUUAUCAUUCUAACGGAAUAUCAACAAGUGAUUCAUUAUCCAAUGGCAUCGCUACUUUUGUCCUUGCAGAGUGGCUCUCUUAAAGGAUUAGAUCCAUUUGUGAAUCUGGGAAAUGUCAUGUUUUUACUCGCUGGAAAUAAGGCAUAUGAAGGCAGUGUGCCAGAUGAGACUCAAAUGAAAAUGUCAGAACUUGGUGAAAUGGUCCACAUACAAAUCAGCAGUGACGAUAAGACACUGAAGAAUCGUCCCAGAACAUCAGAGGUGGACAGAAGAAUUGAGAGCAAUAGACAAUAUAUUAAUGAAGUUAAUCCGUUCUCUCCAUUUGAUCAGAAGCUCAACCAAUUACCGGAAGAGCAGAGGAACACAUACCUGCAAAAAGCUCGUUCUUUGUUUGCAUCUCAAAAUACUGUACUUCUUAUAUUCAAACUUCAAUCCGCACAAUUACUGGAGGUUGUGAAAUUGAAAAUACGCGAGUAUAUUUACAAGAUCCAUGAUUUGAAUCGAAACAUUAUUGUUGACAUGGAUAUUCCCGAGGCAUCUAGAUUGUUGUUGGAUCAUCUCAUUCAGACAUCAAAAUGUUUCUAUUCAAGACCUGGAGGGGCAAUUCAACAUUACUUACAGUCAUGGUUUGACAGUAUUGUGAUGAAUAGCAAUGUAGAUGGGUUAUUAUUAUCGACACAUGAUAUUCUAACAAAUUCACACACAACUAACCUGUCAGAAUAUAAAUUUUCACAAAUUGAAAACUUGACAUGUGGCUUAAAAGAACAGGCCAUAUUGGCGAAAAUGCUAAAUGUAUAUAACAACAAUCAAAGAUUUUCAAGAUAUAUUCAAAGCUCUGGAUACAGCCAUAUUGAAUGCAAGUUAAAAAAGAUUGAAAAUGGUGUUGAAAUAGUUUACCUUCGUCCGGCAAAUACCUUGGCUAAACUUGUAAAUUUUGUUACUAGAACUCGAUAUUUCAAAUUUCCAGAAUCAACCAUUGAACAGUACAAAUUAAGGCAAAAAGAAAUUGACUCUGCUCUUGCGCCUAGACUUUGUUUUCCAACAGAGCCCACUAAUUUACAUGCUUCAGAUUUCAGGCAAACCUCUGACCUACAUACGUACACACAAGUAUGCUGA